AUGCCGACAGCUUGCCUCUAUGUUGAUCAGCAGCACGACACGAAGUACGAUGCCCCAUCGGAAGUGCACAUCGAGUUGAACAACGGCAAGAAGUUCAGGUUCGCCUGCGACGGGUUGUCUCUCAAAGAGCUGCACAUGCGCAUAGACCGAGAACAGUAUCAGCGUAACCAGGAGGCGUACUUCGAGCACAUCCCUUGGCGUUCGGCGUUAGAGGGCAUGAACGAGAGUGGUGCUAGGAACUGGAUAAAAAAGUGGUGCUGGGAACUUGAUAAGACCAAAGUUGUGCUGGGAACUGGAUAA